AUGCCGGCAGCCUUGAUCAAACUCUUUGCGGCCAUUGUUAUCGCCAAACCUGCAUCGUUCAACUCUUGGAUUUCCGUGAGCUGCAUCCUCCAUGCGACGGCGUAUAUCGGUGGCACUCAGAUGAGCGAAGCGACGGACGCCAUGGGAGAGGAUAUCAAAGUCGUCGAUGAUGGCCAGGAGGAGGAUCGCGGCGGUAACGUCGCUUGUAUUCGAUCGAUGCAUCUUCGGCAGUUCGUGAUUGUCGCCGAAUGA